ACAUCAACUUCACUAGCGUCGUCAAAUCAGAAUAUUUUUUCUUUCAGUUGAGAAAACUUGAAGAAAAGUCAGACAUGAGUCUCUCUGGAAAAGACAGGGCCGUGGUGAGGGCUUUUUGGGACAAGGUGAGCCCCAAGGCCAGCGACCUCGGAGCUGAGGCUCUGGGCAGGAUGCUGACUGUAUACCCGCAGACCAAGACCUACUUUUCGCACUGGGCGGAUUUGGGUGCUGACUCCGCACAGGUGAAAAAGCAUGGCGCAACCAUCAUGGCAGCUGUUGGAGAGGCCGUCGGAAAGGACGACCUUGUGGCUGCUGUCUCCAAACUCAGCGAGCUGCAUGCCUUCAAGCUCAGAGUGGAUCCUGCCAACUUCAGGAUCCUGGCCCACAACAUCAUCCUAACUAUGGCCAUGUACUUCCCUGGAGACUUCACUCCAGAGGUCCAUGUCUCAGUUGACAAGUUCCUGCAGAACCUGGCCUGGGCUCUGUCUGAGAGAUACCGCUAAACCCUAUCGAUUCAGGGGGCAUCGACUGCACACACGCGGCAUGUCAUCCACAAGAUCCCUUUUAAAACUGGAAGGGUUUGUUGAAUAAAUCGAAUAAAUGUGAAAUGUCCAGA